GUCAGUAUGUCGCAGGUCCAUUUUAAGUGCAGCGAAGCGGCGGCGACGCUGCGCGAGCUGUUGCUUGCGGCGAUCGAACGAGGUAUCUCUGUAGAAGACUCGUUUGGUCACUUUGAUCCGACGGGCGAAGGCGUGGUGGACUUGUCGCAGUUCAUCCUCGGGCUGCGGACGUUGGGCAUUCCGCUGAGUGUCGAAGCCGCGAGCUUGCUUCUUCGUCAGUUGUCUGAUACGAGCACGACACAUCUCACCGUACAAGACUUUCAUCGUUUAUGUAUACAGCUGCCUAAACAGCCACGGAAAAAGCCACCGAAACACCCAGUCGUCGCCAACGCAAAGGCCAAACGACACAAGCUCUCCCAGGACAAUCAUACACGUCCCACUCAAGCUUCGACGGAACAGCGUGUGGCUCAGGCCCAGGGGCUGCCCCAGUGGGCACACGACCGCAGCAAACGCGCGUUGAAAGAACUCCAACAACUGUCCAAGAACCUUAAACCAUCGCCCUUGCAUUUGGGACCUCGUAACGAUUUUAAGGAUGGAUUAUUCAGCGAAGACGAAGAUGGUGACGACACGGGUCUCAACGGGCCAGCGACGUCCCCGCCCGUGCGCCCGUCGACCCCACCUCCAGAAACGACCUACGAUGGCACCCGAUGUCAAGUGUAUGCUGUCAACGACCACGUCGAUUUACGGUAUGCCAUCUUGACAGCUCCCGUGGACGCCGUGGAAGACAGCAUGCGGUGGACGGGGGAAGCCCAAGCCCUAGACCAUAGCCAAGUGACUCGGCACCUGAAAACACCGAAAUCCCAACUGGGUGUCAAGUUGAUUGCUGUAAUUGAUGUGUUUCAAACGCUCGACGUGGUCGAAGCGGCGCUCCAGCCUCUCUUUCAAAUGUACACGUCGGCCAAGGUUCUCGUGAUAGGCCACCCCUGUCGAAUGGACAGCGCCACAGUGGUCAACAACGUGAUGCUGGCGACGUGGAUGGGGCAGUUGAUCACGCAUUUAUUACAUUCGCACGAGUGGACUGUCCAGCCAAAGUACGGUCCUGGAGGAACUCCUCAGUUCCUCGUCGGAUUUGGGUCGGGGGCGUCGGUGGCGGCGCAUUUCACGCUGAUCACUGCGCCACAACAACCGAAAUUGCACGUGUUGAAUCAAGCGCUGCAUGGAUUGGUGCUGUUCAAUGGAUUUUGUUGCACCGACGGUAUCAAAGCCAAAGUCCAGCAGUUGCUCCAUUCGUUGCAGCACGCCAAGCACGUGACAGAAUCCCACCAGCAACUGGCUGCGAUCCUCUUUAGCGACUCAUAUUUGAACCACGAGACAAGGGACAAGGCACUUACUGAGUUCUUCCGCCACCGUCGCGGCUUUUUUGAUUCACCGUCGAAACGGAUAUUCACUCAGCUAUUGAAAGGCGUGCUUAAACACCAAGACUUGCGCCCGGUACUGAGCAACCUGCACAUGCCGUUGUUUGUCGUUCACGGCAGCCACAACUCGUGGAUUCCCCCUGCGCAAGUGUCGUAUUUUCAGGACAAGCGCCAACUAGCCUUGUCGUUGGACGACGAACUCACUUCGUCGGGGGGGGUUGUACACGUUUCGUGGCUCAAGGGUGGUCACGAGCUGCUCCAAGAACGACCGACAUUUCUCCAUUCGUUUUUAGACCAGCUUGUAACCGCCGCCCAGCGAGCCAUGCAAGCCCAGUCGACGUCCGCUGACGAUAAAGGGGGAGCUGACGACAAACUUGUGGAUGAUGGAACCAGCGCCGUUGCCGGGGGUGCUAACAUUGCAAUGGACCGAUUGGUUGGGGACGGUGACGUGGACGAGCUCACGGUGGGCCAAUCCCCCACCAUCACCCGGGAUACGCGAGAUAUGGACGACGAUAAUAUCCCCCAACUGCUUCCAAAAGUCCAAGAAAUGUACCAAACGCUCGGGUUGAACGGCAUUCGCCAAGAACUGAUCGAUCGCGACAUCGACGUGCCACUGGGACCGCCAGACCAAGUUCUAUGGCUGCUAAAUCGGACAUUAACAGCAGAAGCCGACGCCGCCCGCGCAGCCGACAUAAAAAAAGCAGCCAAACGAGAGCUCGAGCUCGACCACGCCCGACAAGUCGAACGUCAACACGAAGAAAAACACCAGAAAAAACUACGGGAGCUAGCGCGGCAACAAGCGCGGUUUCAAAAGGAAUCGAUGGCGUUUAAGGCCAAAGAGGAGGCGCGCCUACUCCAGCAAACCAUCGCGCAAGCCGAAUGGACCGAGCGCAGUGCUAUGGAGGCCAGCGAUCAGCAGAGCCGACGUCGCGAAGCCCACGACGCCAAAAUGCUGCAAUGGCGGGAAACAAACUCAAAUGCGCUGUCGACCGUCGACGUGUUGAACGAAGAAAGACAAGACAAGCGCGACGAACAGGUUGCGAUUCAACAAGGGUUAGACCGAGCCGCACAGCGCGCCAAACUUCAGGCAGAUUUAUGGACACUACAACGCCAAAUGGAAGCCAACCAAGUGACAUUACGUGGCGACGUCGAAGGAUAUGCGAUCGACUGUCUUAUCCGCAGCCACGAAAUCCCGACGCUUGUGCGCGGCGUGCACUGCUUGAUCCAGGAUGUGCAUGCCGUUCGAAGCCAAAAGCAGAGCUCAUUGGCCCGCCAACGAUCGAGCCAGGCCAAUCAGCAGUCGAUUCAGGCCACCCUCGACGACACGAGUCGCAUGUACCACAACUUGCUUCGAGUCCUCCAGCGCGCCGAAGACGAAAACGUGAUUGCCAAGCCCGAAGCUGGCGGCACUGUCCGGUUGAUCCCCGCGACAGCUCAAGGCAUGCGGCUCUUACGAGACAAAAUCAACGCCUUGCAUCAAGAGAUGACGCACUUGACUUCGGUCGUCGCCGUGGCAAAUGCAGAGGUGGUCAUGUUUGAUCGGGCGAUGCAAAGCCUGGCGGUGCUGCAAAAACGCACCGAUGUCGCAAUGAGCACCUUACAAGGCAAGGUCAAAGCCAUGUUGGCCGAAGCGAACGAGGACUUGGCCGUGCUUCGGGAAGAGCAAGAAUCGGAAGCGUUGGCCGACUCGAAACGUCUCACAGCCAUUAAUUCCACCGAGGCGCGUGUCCACAAGAUCACAGUCGAACUUGAACGCGUGGACACAUUAACAACUCCGUACAUCGACACGGACGUGUACAUUGCAGGAACACUCCAACGCGUGGAGCGGCACAUCUUAACGUCCAAUUUACAAGCAGAGCGCAUGAAACUGCAGCAGCAGUUGGAAACGCUCCAAACGCAAGCCGCGACGGCCAAAGUACACCGCACGAAUUUGCGGGCCCAGGGCAUCGAGCUCACGGACGCGCUGGUGUCGCUGCUUCAGGCUGACACCAUGUUGGCCGACGUACUGGCGAUGGAUGGACCUUCGACAUCCUCCUCCUUGUCAUCACCUUUGGCGUUUGAGUCUCGUAAUGACGACCCGUCCAAAUUGAACGCUUUGCAGCCACCCAUUGUUCUUGCAUCGAGUGUGGACGUCUCGACAACCAUCCGCCGAAAAGGCGUGCACGAGCGCUCGCUGGACGAAAAGAAGUGGGUGGCGUUGGAUCGGCUGCUGUCUCCAGCGUUAUACCUGACCCUGUCUGAACCAGACAUCCAGGAAAUGCGACUCAACGCGCACUACAACACGUCGCUGACGGCGGUGCAAAUCUCGCGGUUGCUGCAGCUGCCUGAGCGGGCAAACCUCGCGCUUCCAUUUUUGAAGUCCACUGAAGAGGUGCAGGCCCACAAACUGUUGCGGCAGUAUACCAAGGGCGACGGCGAGAGCUUUUUCAAUGCGUUGGACGUGCAAUUUGCCCCCCCGCGGGAGCUCAUCCAGGACCUGGACACGGCCAUACACAAGCAAAUGGGCGCUGCGCUUCGAUUGAAACCCAUCGAAGCGUGUAGUCCGGUCGAACGAGCGUGGCGCGACUGCGAUCGAGUGCUCCAGGAGGACAAGGAAGGCGGUGCUGCAGAUAGAGUAGUAGCAUCGUUACCCUUGGGACUUACAAGUAUACGCGAGCUGAAACAACUGACAACGCUGUCGCAGAGCGACCACCCAGCGUGGAAAGUCCUCCAUUUGUAUGGAAGCUUGAUGCCUCCUCGAGUGGUGGUGGUGCACACGCUCGCCGACAUCGUCGCCGCGCCGGAGCAUUGCACGAUGCUCGUAGACUCGAACCAGCAGUCCAAGCUGAUGGAAUUGACCGACUGCCGCCUUCGAGCCCGACAGAGUGCCACGCACGAGUUUCAACUGCACACGACGGCACUUCACUUGACAGUUUCCAUUGUAUUCGAAGGCAAGUUUACCAGCAUGGGGUACCAAGUCGGCCGAUUGGCAGCGAUGUUGUACUACAUGAGUGGGGACGCCCCAGCCCCCAUCGGUCAAGUGCUAUAUAGUGACAUAGCUCUGAACACGAGGGAAUCGCUGGGGCGGGUGGUGUUACGGCACAAGCCAAGUCAAGUUCCCAUUGCCCAAGGAUCAUACCACAUUGUUGUGGGUUGUCCGAGUGAAACCAAAUACUCAAUUAUAGUAAGUUGCCACCUUGUGAGCCCCGUCGCAGCAUUUGUGAAACAAGCCAAGCAGUUGGCACUGACCCACCAAGCACGCCUCCCCAUGGGCCGCCAGGAAAUCGACAUGUAUUGGCAAAGCAUGCGACUCGCCGAGCGCAAACUCAACUUGGUCAAACUGGCAGCUGCGGACGCUAUGGCCAAAGCCAAAGAAGCCGAGAUGGUUGUAGCGUCGACGCAGGAAUUGCUGCACUCGUUUCAGAGCAACUCUGAAAUUGCGACAGACUCCUCCAACCGCACGCACUUGUUGACCAAGAUGCGGGAAGCAGAUCGGAUGUUCACCAAGCAGUGCAAACUGCACACGAUUCGGCAGGAAGAAUGCCGCGAUAUUCACACGGCGUUGGCCCAUUUGGCUUCUCUCCACGCGGACUUGCUGCUCGAACGGGCGCGGCUCGAAACGUCCUUGCGCGAGUAUCGGCAGUAUUUGCCCGACGCCACCGGCCGCCUUGAAGGCCAUACUGCGGGGUUCAAAAUUGGGUAUGCGUUGGGCGCUGACUACCACGUCGUCAAGACGGCCAAAAUGAGGUGGCGAGAUCUCGCAGCACUCAAAGGCCAGCUGCGGACGCUCUUGACGUCGGCCCAGCGUGUGCGCCGAAAAUACAAAAAAAGUCCCCUUUCGCUCAACCCCACCGAGCGGCAAUGGAUCUUGCUGGAUCGCAUUCGGUUCCCUGAUUUCUACUUGUGGGAACAAGAAGCUGUGCAUGCCACCGAGAUGCUCCAUGGAUCGUCCUUGGCGCCCCCAGGUAUGGACCUAACCGCUCAUGAAAGGUCGCUGCUUGCGUGGACCGCAUCGGAACUGGAGCGCGUGCUCACGGCGCCAGUCAACCAGCUCCGAAACAAAGAAUUGCAGCUACGAAAGGCCAUGCUCGUGUUCAGAGACACCAAAGUAGCGGCGGUGCCGGCGGCGUUGUUGGCGUCUUGGCGCACCAAACUACCUAGUGACUUGAAGCCAGAACAGAGGGAGUGGGUGGCCAUGGAAAGAGUAUUACACCCCGAUUUGUACUCGACCAAACUGACACCAGCAGUACCCACGCACUGGACAAAGGACAAACUGUUGAGUUUGAUUCAAACUCCAGAAGAGCAGAUAUCAAUUUUGCCGCCCAAGGAGCGGCACGUGCGGGACCUCUUAUGGCACUACGACAAUGUAUUUUGCCUUGAAUUGGUCGCGCCGAAAGCAGUCCCAGUGUCCCAUCACGCAGUUAAUCACACCCAGCAAGGCAUGAAAGUCGAAGUGGACAUCGACCUGCGAUGCCGUCUAGUGCAGCAAGAACUAGACCGCGCCAUGGCCAACCCGAAUGAUAUGAUGGACUCGUCGAUUUUACACAGCGCGCCACAGCGAUUUCCGACUCAAGUGCUGCGAUUAGAACUGGAAAAAGAGCUCGAUAGAUUGUUAUUGAGUCAAUUGUAUGAGCGCGAGAUGGCCGAGUGGAAGGCGUUGGCGGCGUCGCUCGACAAAACAGACGAUGGAGACAGCUCGGAUUCAGACCCUGAAGCCCAGAUCGCCCGCCUCGCCAAAGCCAAAGCAGCUGGUAAACCGCAGUCGGGCACGAAAAAGGCAACCAAACCGUCGUUUCAAAAACAAAAGCGCGCCAUUCAAGACGCGUUGGUGCCAAAGACGAUCGAACGCGAGCAACUCGAUGUCGAACGCAAACAACUCGGACCAGGGGGGUGUAUGGCGUGCAAAGCCAACCCGUGCAUGUGGACGCCAUAUCUGGACGACCGUCUGCCCACCAUCCAACAUCGCGUGCACUUGCUCCAAGAUGAGAUCGAACGGGUGAAGCGCAGCAAGGAGACGGUGGUGUCCUCUGCCACGUGCCUCACGGCGCUCCGAAGCGGCGGAGGUGCCGUGUCCUUUCGCAAGAUGGAUUUGUUUAGCGAGUUGACGAUGGAGUGCCGGGUGUGGGAGAAGCACUUGCGGCUGCGAGCGAUCGACACGGAGCUCCAUGCCGCGUACAACUGGCCCGGCGACCACUUUGAAACCGUGGCUCUGCACGGGUUCACGCAGAUGCAACAAACGGAAAAGGUCAAGGCGGCGCUGACUCGGGAACAAAAUACGCUGGUGGCGCAGUUGGUCGCGAACGAAGUGAUGGAGGACAUGCUCGAGUUCAUGCUGGAAGGCUGGGUAUUUGGCGAACGAGAGUCCCGUCGUCAGGUCCAGGGUUACGUCCCCAGUGUAUACAAGGAAGGGCCACUGACAGUGCAUGCAUUGCGGUCCCUUGCGUUCUUGGAUCGAGACACGUUGGCUUCCGACGCGGACGAAUUGAAAGACAUGAACGAAGCCAAAGCCAAGUUUGGCACACCCUUUGACAAAUGGACACCCAUCGAAGUAGACGCGCAGGCCACACAACGCCGCGGAAAAGCCGUCCAAGCAGGGUCGGCGGUAGCAACGGUCCUCAACGAAACGGAGCAAGCGCUCAAGUUUGGCCUGUUUUGCAUGACGCUCAUGUACUUUCGAGGGUUGAGUUUGUUGCAAAAGCAGAAAAACGUGUGGAAUACCCACGCCAGCAAACCACCGCCACCGACCACCAAACUCGACAAGCCGUCGGUGCUUCAAGGCGAACGCGCCCGUCAGGCCAACCGCCAGCGACGAUUGGACGCGGCAAAUGUCAAAGCCAAAAUCGGCCUCGAUCGAAAAUACUUGCGCGAGCAAGAGCGCAUGGCGGCGUAUCGCCAAAAGUUGUACGCCCAACACCGCCUCGCCAAGCAAGAAACCAGAGCUUCCACACAUAUCCAACGGGUGUUUCGGGGAUAUUUGGGGAGAGGAGCCGCGGCGAAAUGGAAACUGCGGCGAGCAGAACUGGAGGCCCAGAUGGCCCUGGAGCUGGCGGCCGCCACGACCAUGCAACGCGCCUAUCGCGGCCGGUUGGGCCGGUUGGCAGCGGAAGCUAGGCGCAUCGAACUGGCCGAAUUUAUUGCUCAAAUCCGAGCCGACGAAGCCAUUGUCGAAGAGGAGGAGUAUUGGAAGCACCACAUGUCGGAGCGGCUGCGACGGCGGAUCAACGGGUUUUUGCAACGCAAAGCCGCGUAGUUCAGUCUAUACUUGUAGUAAAUUUAUAAUAACGUACUCAUUACUAUUCCGGAG